AACUGUGGAUGCGAUUUGCACUUUAUUUGGAAGGAUCAUUCUCAUGAUCCUUUGUCCCUACACCUAGGUUGAUUUCAGUCGAAUUAAUUCAAAAUAACUUGUCUAAGAUUGUACCGUAUAAGUCGUUCCAACAAUGUCAGCCUAAUACAAUGCAACAUCGAGAAUUUUAAGCGAUAAGGAAAAAAAAAACACAGUUUCAGCUUAUUCGGAUUGGAGCGUUGCAUCAGUCAGUGGUCAAUAUGAAAUUACAAUCUGUCGUUAUAAUCCUUUCGCUGUGCCUUUGCGUGAUAUUACCCGAUUGUUUUGCAGAAGAGCAGGAUGAUGCCAACACUGAACCGCCAACAACAACAACUCUGCCGAUUGUGCCUACGGAAGAAAUUUCGGAUAACCCAGAGGAUUUAGAGUCAACCACCAUAAUUGGAAUUCUUACGGAUGAAGGUAGUUCCGGACAAAACUGGAUCGCGGGCAGUAUCCUGAUCGCCCCAAAGAGUUGUCCCAAGGGGUACAAGCUUGAUCACCAAGGCAAAUGUAGGAAAGUCAGCUUCUUUUAGAACGAAGCAAUCAGCCCAACAUAAUGAAGCGAACAUCAGCUGAUUAUCGUGGAUGACCAUGACCUUAUUUUUUAGUGUCAUCGUUUGAUUGCGUUUAAACACAAAUCGUACAGAAUAAUAUUCUCUUUUAUUAAAAUCUACAUAUAAUGAGAUUGCA